AUGGGGUCCCUGGAAGGCGACGUGGCCACCUCGCCCUCGCUGUCCAGCACUGGCAGCAGCGGCACCGGCGCCGGCAACGACAACCAUGGCGGCGGCGGCGGCGAGGUGAGGAUAUACGCCUGCUUCGCGCACGGCGCGUCCAACAGCCUCGAGUGCUACGAGCCGGGCGCCAACACGUGGCGCCGCGUCGGCGGCCUCCCGGGGGUGCCCCACGGCCACGUGCUCAAGGGCUUCGCCGUCGUCGCGGUCGCCGAGUCCGUCUACGUCAUCGGCGGCCGCCUCUGCCGCCGGGAGGCCGCGGCCGGCGGCGAUUACCGCGACACGGACGUGGGCGUGCGCGCCGACGUGCUCCGCUACGACGUGCGCCGCGGGGAGUGGCGCUGCUGCGCGCCGCUGCUGGUCCCGCGCGUCGACUUCGCAUGCGCGCCGUGCCGCGGCAGGAUCUGCGUCGCCGGCGGGCUCUGCUCCCUCUCCGGCGCGCGGGGCACGGCCGCCGCCGAGGUGUACGACCCGGAGACCGGCCGCUGGUCGCCGCUCCCGGACAUGAGCACGCUGCGGUACAAGUGCGUGGGCGUGACGUGGCAGGGCGGGUUCCACGUGGUGGGCGGCUUCGCCGAGAGCACCACGCCGGCGGCCGCGCCCGGGGAGGCGCAGUCGUCGGCGCUGGAGCGGAGCUCCGCCGAGGUGUUCAACUGCGCCCGCGGCGUGUGGGAGAUCAUCCCGGGGAUGUGGCAGCUGGACGUGCCGCCCAACCAGAUCGUGGCGGUGGCCGGCCGGCUCUUCAGCUCCGGCGACUGCCUCAACAGCUGGAAGGGCCACGUCGAGGUCUACGACGGCGAGCUCAACAUCUGGAGCGUCAUGGACCACUCAGCACUAUCAGACCUGGCGCUGCUCGCCAGCAACCUGCCGCCAUCGGCGCAGCAGCUGUACCUCACCAUGGCCGUGGUCGGGACGCGGCUCUUCUUCCUCGCCGGGUACGAGAUCGCCGGCGACGACGACGAGAGCUUCAGGACGGUCUCGCUGGUGCACAGCUACGACACCAGCGCCGCGCCGGGGCUGGCGCCGGCGUGGAGCAGCUUCCAGCCCAAGAUGGACCAUGACAACAACGUGGAGGACGGCAGCAAGGAGCUCUUCAGCCAGUGCUGCUCCGUGCAGCUCUCCAGCUGA